AGUGAGUACUGAGUAGGAUGAUGUAUGACAGAUGAUGUUGUGAAAAUCGUAGAAAAAGAUGUUUCUCAUGUAAUUAUUGAAUUGUGUUCUAGUGAAAGUCGCAUUAAACGAAAGAAAAAUAUUCGUAAUAUUUUCUUAUUUUGAUUUGAUUUGUCAGUAAUGGUCUAAUAAAGGAGCAAGGAACAAACUUCACCCAAGAUGGCUGAGGUGGAUCCUGAGACCUUGCUGGAGUGGCUGUUGACAGGGCAGGGUGAUGAGCGUGAUAUGCAGCUUAUUGCUUUAGAGCAGCUUUGUAUGCUCUUGCUCAUGUCAGAUAAUGUUGACCGGUGCUUUGAAAGCUGCCCUCCACGAACUUUCUUACCGGCUUUGUGUAAAAUAUUUCUUGAUGAAUAUGCACCAGACAAUGUAUUAGAAGUCACGGCUAGAGCAAUAACCUACUAUUUGGAUGUAUCAGCUGAAUGUACCAGAAGAAUUGUAGCUAUUGAAGGUGCAGUAAAAGCAAUAUGCAGCAGACUUUUGACUGUGGAUCCUAACAAUAGGACUAGCAAAGACCUUGCUGAACAAUGCAUCAAGGUUUUAGAGUUAGUAUGUACCAGAGAACCUGGUGCAGUGUGGGAAGGUGGUGGAUUACCAGCUGUACUACAUUUUAUUACUCAUCACGGAACCUCUGUACACAAAGACACAUUGCAUUCAGCUAUGGCUGUUGUUUCAAGAGUCUGCGGUAAGAUGGAACCCGGUGAUGCCCGUGUUGGUGAUGCAGUGAGUUCCCUCUCCUCUCUUCUACGCCACAGCGAUACACGUGUAGCCGAUGCGGCCUUACGAUGCUUUGCGUCACUUGCGGACCGAUUUGCGAGAGCGCACGCCGACCCGGCACCUCUAGCCGAACAUGGCUUGAUUGAAGAGUUGGUACAUCGUCUGGGCAGCACCGAGAAUAGCGAUGACAAAUGUUCAGUGCCAUCUGUAUCUACCACUGUCAGUCUCUUAACCACGCUGUGCCGUGGCUCUGAACAAAUCACACAUGAUUUAGUACGCCUGGACCUUUGUUCAGCUAUAGAAGCAGCAGUUCAAUCAGAUGAACGCUGGAGUUUGGAGUGUAUGCGUUUGGUGGACUUAUUACUCGUACUGCUCUGCGAAGGGCGUCAAGCUAUACAAACUGGGUUAAACCGCCACAGUUCAACUGCCGCAAGCAGUAGUUCCUCGGUAGUGGGGUCAUCAAAUGUGUCUGCAAGUGGUGAGGGGGUGAGGGACAAGUCUCACCGGCAGCUGAUCGAUUGUAUAAGGGGUAAGGACACCGAUGCACUCAUGUCAGCUGUCAAUACUGGCGCGGUGGAUGUCAAUUUUACCGAUGACGUGGGACAGACUCUUCUCAACUGGGCGGCAGCGUUCGGGACGAGGGAGAUGGUGGAGUUUCUAUGUGAAAAAGGGGCCGAUGUAAACCGUGGCCAACGAAGCUCUUCUCUCCACUACGCAGCAUGCUUUGGUCGACCUGCUAUUGCCAAAGUCCUCCUUCGGUAUGGAGCCAACGCCGACCUUAGAGAUGAAGAUGGAAAAACCCCUCUCGACAAAGCGAGGGAAAGGCACGAUCAAGGUAAACGGACCGGUCACCGUGAAGUGGCAGCCAUUUUGCAAUGCCCCGGAGAAUGGCUUGUCGUAAGCAAUCAAGAUUCGCCGGCUUCAUCCAACGAUGAUGAUUUCCCAGACACCGGUGAUAAAGAAAUGGCUGCAAUCUAUUUAGAUCGUCUAGUGCCAGUGUUUUGUUCGCGGUACAUAGCAGCGGGCGGCGUAGGAGUAAAACGUGCGUGUUUAUCGCUCGUACGCAAAAUGGUGCACUACGCACCCUCACAACGUCUACGUACGCUAUCCACGCCCCGAACUGCGUCGCUUCUGACGAGGCUCAUAGCAAGAGUCCUCGAUACGCAGGAGGAUCUCGAUAGCGGACGUCGAGCACAGUCGCGGUAUCUGCGCAGUCGCUAUAUCCGCCCGCCCGUGGAUGAUGAUGAUGGACAUUUAACAGUCCUUGGUAUAGCAGAAGAACUAAUGGUCAAGGCGGCCGAUAUCUACUUGGAGCAAUUUGCAAGAUUAGGCGUUUUCAGCAAAGUGGACGCGUUGGCUUCCGCCUAUCCACCGCCUGCGACUGAGAACAAUGCUGCUGUGAUAGCUGCAGGACCAUCGAGCGAACAACCUGGCGAAGACGCAUCCAGCCUGACAAAUGGGACAGCGUACUCUUGGGGCGAAUGGUCGUUGUGCCGCGGACGAGACGCCCUCUACGUGUGGAGUGACGCUGCGGCCCUUGAGUUGAGUACGGGCUCCAACGGCUGGUUUCGUUUCCUGUUGGAUGGGAAAUUGGCUACUAUGUACUCUAGCGGCAGUCCCGAACAUCAGACUGAUAAUACUGAAAAUCGUGGUGAAUUUAUAGACAAACUUCAGAGGGCGCGUGCGUCGGUGAAAACUUCAGUGCCCCAACCAAUUCUAUCUAAGCCAACCAAUACAAAGCUUAUACUUGGAAACUGGGUAUUGUCAUGUAAAAAGGAGAAAGAACUUCACAUACAUAAUACUGAUGGGCAGCAGCAGACAACUAUAUUGAGAGAAGAUUUACCUGGUUUUAUUUUUGAGUCAAACAGAGGGACAAAACACUCGUUCACUGCCGAAACAUUUCUUGGUCCCGACCUAGCAAGUGGGUGGAAUGAUCGUCGGCCGGCUGUGACUAGCAAUUGCAAUGCGACUCAAGGACGUAGCCGAUUCUCCGCUAAAACUGAGGCGCAGAAGGCUCAGGUUGGCGAGCGGGCGCGUGCGUUGUACUCGCGUCACUUGGCGAGCGCCGCGUGCAGACAACCACGUGCGCCCGUUGCGAGACUACGAGCCUUACUGGCAAUGCUUUAUAAAAUCUCCACGGAUGCUACUGGUGAUUGGAAGAAAGAGUUGCAAGAAACACUCAACCAUCUGACAGAAUUGUUAUGUGGUGAGGAGCUGCUGUCUGCUUACGAAUUGGAAUCUUCAGGCUUGGCUCCUGCACUUUUGCAGGUUCUUUCACCACAUCCUAGUGAUGCACCAAAUCAGUUAUCAGAGCGCGAGCGCAUUCUUCGCGAGUGGUUAAUGGAGGGAGACACUGGCGCCACGGUCGCGUCGCGGCUGGUCGCGGUACUAGAGAGUGUGGAACGACUUCCGGUGCUUGCACCUGUACUGGAUGCACCAACAACACACCCUUCAGCUUUACAUCAUCUUACUAAGCGUAUUCGGCUUCGCGUGGAACGUUCAAAUGACGAUACAAGCGAAGACACAACUUCGAAUAACGGCAACCGCAAUCUUAGAGUUGAAGCCUUAACGACUAUUAGACAGUUGGAGCGUUUCCUCGCUAAAUCUGUCGCGCGUCAGUGGUACGAUAUGGAACGGUCUACAUACAAUUUUGUUCAGAGAAUAAAGUCGGAAGCGCCAAUUAACUUCACGUAUGACCACGACUUUGAUGACAAUGGCAUAAUUUACUUCAUCGGAAGCAAUGGUGGCACUUGCGAAUGGGUAAAUCCAGGCGCACACGCGCUUGUCAGCGUUUGGUCAUCGGAUGGACGACAAUUACCCUAUGGGAGAGCUGAAGAUGUCCUCUCGAGAUCACCAGAACCAUUGAAUGUUCAUACAAACGAUGAUAGACGUGCUUUCAUAGCUUUGGACCUCGGCCUCAAUGUUAUCCCCACUGCGUAUACGUUGAGACACGCGCGCGGGUACGGGCGAUCUGCGCUUAGGAACUGGCUGUUCCAGAUGUCAGCGGAUGGUGUGACGUGGACUACUUUAGUGACUCACACAGACGAACAGGCGUUGCAAGAGCCCGGCAGUACAGCAACUUGGCGCGUGCGAUGCGAUUUACCAUACAGAUAUCUUCGCAUACAACAGAAUGGGAAGAAUUCUUCAGGACAGAGUCACUACUUAUCGCUGUCUGGACUCGAGAUCUAUGGAAAGGUAAUAAGCGUUAUCGACUCAGUACCUCGUCAAGUGGGCGGUCCCACGAGCGUGGCAGCUGUCACGUCAGUUAGCACGGGAAGCGGAAGUCGUACGCGUCGAAUGUCUCGAAAUGCACGUGGCCUCUGCUUAGGCGCAAGAGUCGCUAGAGGGCCCGAUUGGAAGUGGAGGGAUCAAGAUGGCGCCCAACCGGCUAUGGGCACUGUCACAUCUGACCUUCACAAUGGAUGGGUGGAUGUUAGGUGGGAUCAUGGUGGCCGUAACUCGUAUCGUAUGGGUGCGGACGGAAAGUUCGACUUGAAGUUAGUAGGAGGCUACGAACAUAAUACAAACGCACGCUCGCGAAAGAGUCACUCAACACCAAGUUUACCGGAUGCUACUAAUAAUGAUAACCAGGUUUCUGUUGCGUCUACGGAGCAAGCAUCGUCAGCUGAUAACAUAUCAGGAGAGGAGAUGGCAAGUAAUAUGACGCGACCUCGUAUGCACGCUACGGAUCUCUCAGCUAUCAAUAACUCCACGCACCAUAUUAAUACUGAUCUCGCCACAAUCGUGGAAUCGCUAACUUUGGGAGCUGAAGGGAACAACUGUAUGGCAGAUUUAGCGAACACUUCUUUAACGAAUAUGGAAAUGGGGCCUACUAGUAUUACUGAUAUAACCAAACCAUACCCAGCCAAAGAACCGGUACCGGAAUCUAACAGUCAGGAGGAGGAGCGUCGCCGACGAAGUUCCGGUGAGGCUCAGCGGAACAGCGCCAACGCCUUGCUUUCGAGCGAGUUGCUGGCCUUACCCGCCACCCUGUUGCACACCCUGCGUAAUAAUGCUAACAGACUGCACAUACAGUGUGAAGAAAACGAGAACAGCGAUGGUCAAUAUGUGGAUCACAAAAAUGAUGGACAAGGAAGCGGUACAAUGAGUGCCAGUGAACCAGAUUUGACACAACAGGGUGCCGCUCGUUUGUUGGAAUCAUUGGGUGUUGGCCGUAUGUCAAGUGCGUCCAGAAACAAUUCCAACCAACAGAGAUCGAACCGUAACAACCCAAGUAGCUUAUUUCCUAGUUUGGUACGUCUGGCGUUGUCCAGUAAUUUCCCCGGCGGCCUACUUUCGGCCGCACAAAGCUACCCAUCCCUUGCGCCGAACGCACAGAAUGCGCUUACCUUAUCACUUACUUCAACAUCCAGCGAGAGUGAACAGGUGUCACUAGAGGAUUUCUUGGAGUCCUGUCGUGCGCCUGCCCUUCUGACAGAAUUGGAAGACGAUGAUGAUGGAGAUGAUGCUCUGGAUAGCGACAAAGAAAACGAAACCACUUACCAAGACUUACCUAGAGUUACUUGUUUGCAGGUAUCCCGUAAUCUAUUAUCUCUGAUGGAGGAGGAAGCCCUAGAAGCUGUGCAGCGUGGCUCGAAUCCUGUAUGGCGCGCACGCAAGCCCUGGGAUGACGACUUCGUGCUCAAGCGACAGUUCUCAGCACUCAUACCCGCUUUUGAUCCUAGACCUGGAAGAACAAAUCUCAACCAGACUGUCGAUCUCGACAUACCCCUAAAUGAAGACUCGGAUGCGGAAGAGCCGACGGAGCCUUCAGCAAACAAAAGUGACGCAACACUCACGGAAAAUUUGAAUAAUGCAGCAACGCGUCUGCCAACCCUUAAAUUGAUAUUAACAUCUGGCGGUGUGUCGCUGCCCUUAGAUAACCCUUCUUGGACACUCUAUCGGGCUGUUUUGGCACUUAACGCUAAACUACCCGCACACGAUACGCAUAGAGAUACAACGUAUACCUUAACGUACAAGGAGGUGGAUAGUGCGGACACGUUGACGCCUUCGAGCGAUACUGAGGAAGAGGAACCAGCCGAUCCAGUUGAACGCGGUGUGAUCGGUUGUGGUGGGGACGCUGAACGUGGCGCCAUGGUCUCGUGUUGUGUGCGCGUGCUUCGGCGCCUUCAAGCUGUCGUGCCUUCAUUACCGCCACAUGCUUUGCUCUCAGCCAAGUUGACCACAAAACUGCACCAUCAGUUGCAAGAGCCUCUUACUCUUGCUGCUGCAGCUGCACCUAGAUGGUGCCAACAAUUGAACGACUGGUGUCCUUUCCUGUUCCCACUGGAGACUAGGCAGAUGUUCUUCGCAUGUACAGCAUUUGGUACAUCAAGAACGAUAGUCUGGCUACAGGCACAGCGCGAUCGGGCUUUGGAUAGGCAGAGGGCCGGUAACACUGUGUCGCCACGUCGUGCGGAUCUCGAAGCUUCAGAGUUCCGAAUGGGUCGAUUAAGGCAUGAGCGAGUAAGAAUACCACGUGAUACUCAUUUGCUGCGAUCUGCUAUGCAGGUGAUGCGCGUCCAUGCAGGGCGGAAAUCGGUCCUAGAAGUGGAAUUCGAGGGCGAAGAAGGCACCGGUUUGGGACCUACCCUCGAGUUCUACGCACUCGUGGCAGCUGAACUGCAACGCACUGAUCUCAAUAUGUGGCUCAAUGAUGCGUACACGCUCGAAAACAACGCGCCGCAUAUUACUGUGCCCGAGGUGGAAAAACCGAUCGGCUACUACGUGUCCCGCGCCGGGGGCCUCUUCCCAGCGCCUCUGCCGCAACAAUCAACAAUCUGUGAUAUAGUUUGCAAAUAUUUCUGGUUCCUAGGAGUAUUUUUAGCUAAGGUUUUACAAGAUGGGCGUCUAGUCGAUUUACCCUUAUCAGAGCCUUUCUUGCGAAUAAUGUGCGGAGAAGAACUCACUGCUGAACAUUUGGAGGAAGUUGAUCCCAUUAGACAUAGGUUCCUAACUAGCGUAAUAGAAACUGCUCGCGAAUACGACGCGAUAAAGCAAGAUGAUUCAUUAAACGAGGCUGAGAAGGAUAGAAAGUCUAAGGCGUUGUUGGUAGAGGGCGCCACCUUUGAAGAACUCUCACUGACCAUGACACACGUGGCUUCCAACAGUGAUCCAUCGGUUUCAAUUCAGCCGCUAUGCGAUGGCGGAGAACAUAUCGAGGUGGGUGCCCAUAACGCCCGCGAAUACGCAUCGUUAAGCGCCCGUUGGAUGGUCAACGAUGGCGUACAGCGUCAAAUAUCUGAGUUCCGACGUGGUUUUGGCGCCGUUUUUCCGCCGAGACGUCUACGCGCAUUCUCACCACCCGAGUUGCGUUUACUGGUCUGUGGCGAGCGUGGGCCCGUCUGGACCAGGGACCAUCUCCUUCAGUACACGGAGCCUAAGCUGGGAUACACGCGUGAUAGUCCGGGUUUCCUACGGCUGGUGGAAGUGCUAGUAGAGAUGUCUCAACGAGAGCGUAAGGCCUUCCUUCAGUUCGCAACUGGUUGCAGCAGUCUGCCGCCCGGUGGAUUGGCUAAUCUUCAUCCUAGGCUUACAGUUGUUCGCAAGGUGGAUGCUGGCGAUGGUUCUUACCCAUCAGUUAAUACUUGCGUACAUUAUCUGAAACUACCAGAAUAUUCUUGCAAAGAGGUUCUUCGUGAGAGAUUACUCUCGGCAACCAAUGAACGGGGAUUCUAUUUGAAUUAAUGUCAUAUUAAACAUUUGAAUGAUCUUAGCCCAACAAUAGUUCUGAUAUUAAUUUCUUUUUAUGGAGUGUGCUUAGAUUGCGUACUUAAGUACAUGUUAACGUAUAACAAUGUAGCGUUUUUGGUAUGUUAUUGGCACCUAUUGGUCGUUUUUGUAAGUUCUUCUGUGGCCAAUAACUCUAAAGUUUCUCGCGUCGGGAGUCGAAGCCAGGUCCUGCGAUCCAACAAAUGCGUUUACCGCUAACACAGCCCGUAUCACCUCUUCAAGUGGUCAAAGAAUCUUUAAUUAUUCUGUUUAUUAUAGGUACCAUGUUGGUUACCAUGGUUUCGAUGUUCCUUAUAAAAUUGGUAACCAUGGUAACAAGCGUAGUUAUCAAUCUAAAAUAAAAAAAAUUUAAGCAUCUUAUUACGUCACACUAUUUUAUUGUAAUACGUACGUUGUUUGAGGAAGUUAUGAAACCACUGAAUUUUUGCCUUCGAUUAUAUUCGGACGAUUUUGGUUCCAGAAUUAUUAUAAUAUUGUCAUUUGUUGAAUAUUAAGUCUGCUAAUCAAUCUUUUUCAGUUGUAAAAAACAUUUGUAAUCUAACAUUACGAUAAUAUCAGGAUAGUAUAAUUCCUCGCUUGCGUUGGUUAAAUGCAAGCAUAUCUCUUGUAUGGGUAAUUUUUAUGGAGUUAUCUAAUAAAGUUAGCCCCCCGCUAACUGUAAAAUUAGGAUUGGACAUAUUUAACGUACAAAAUUAAAAUAGUGACAUUUCAACAUAUUUAAAAUAGUGAUAGUAUAAUGCUUGCGUUUCGCUUGUAUAAUAAUAUAAAAGAUUUCAACUGAACUUCAUUAAGAACAUUGUUGUUGCCUUAAGUGUGUAUUUUUCUAAAUAAUUGUGUCUCGAGGCUAUAUUAUGUAAGUCUCUGUUUAACGAUUUGCAUUCAUAACAUAGAUGUAAGCAUUUUUACGGAGAUGAAUUCUACAUAACUAAAAUCUUUAUCAAAAAAAUCUUAUGUAUUUAUUCAUUGAAAAAUAUGGUAAGUGAAAUCAAAAUGAAACUACACCAACGUUGAUGUAUCAUCAAAAAUAUAUUAAGAGUCCAAAAUUCUUAUGUCAUUCGAACAUCUACAUGUCAACUGCUCGGGUUUCUAGAAGUUUCAGAAUCAAACCUAACAGUUUUAAUUACUGUGGACUGAAAAAUUGCAAUUUCAAAAGUGUUUAACACAGUGUAAUCGUUAAGUUAAUUGAUUUUUUUCAACUGAAAGUUGUUCUUGUGAUUAUAAAUGUUAUAAAAAAAAGUAUAUUUAGUUUUAAAUUAAAGUUAAGUUUACGGUAUUAAUGAGAACUUAGGAUUUUGUAGAAUGAACUCUGCUAUUUGUUGUUGAAUAAAUUAAGUAAAAAAGA